AUUCCAAAACUUGAGCAAAUAUCUUUUUCUGUUGUUUUGGGUUACUAAAGAAAAAUGGAAUUCUCAAAAGCUUUUUUUCUUCUUAUGGGCAUUGUCUUGGCCACUGUUCUUCUCACCUCGUCCGAGGUCUUAGCACGCCAACUUGCUGAAACAGUUCAAAACCAAGAUAUUGCACAAGUGCAGAAAUACAAGCAUGGAUAUCAGCAUGUGCAGCAGUAUGGGCACGAACACGAACAUCUGCAGGAGCAGAAGUUUGGACACAUACAGGACCAUAAGGACGAGCAUAAGCACGACCAUAAGGACAGGCUGAAGGACGACCAUAAGGACAGGAAAAAGGAUGACGAUAAGAACCACCAUAAGAAUAAAAAUGGUCACGAUCAUGAUCACGAUCGUUACCAUAAGGACGACCACAAGCACGACCAUCAGGACAGUCACAAGGACGACCAUAAGGACAGGAAAAAGGAAACGACCAUCAAGCUAUCCUUACUUUUUGCCCUUGGACGACCAUUCAGUAUAUGA